AUGGGGAGAAACAUGAAGGGCUGGUUCUUCUUCUUCGUGGCGACUGCUGUGGUGGCAGCGCUGUUACCGGCACCAACCAUGGCGGGUCGUCUAGAGCUAAAGAACGAAAUCUCAGGGGUCUCUAGUGUCCGGAAAGCGAAGCUGGCCGUGAGGUGUUGGUCAAACGAGGACGACCUUGGUUGGGACAUGCUAAAGCCAAAGCAAUCUCGGGUAUGGAAAUUCACGACCAUGAACAUGUGGCCGUUUCAGAAAACCGAGUUCCGGUGCCAGUUUAGGAGUGGGUUUGGAACAACGAGCCAAGACGUGGUGACAGUGUUCUCUGUCAAGAACGGGUUUAGGAAGGGGUGCGGAGAAGGAGGCGACGAGUGCAUUUGGGUAGCCAAGAGAGAUGGAUUCUAUCAAAGAAAGAUUGUGAGAGAUGAUGAGGAUGAUGAUGAUCACAAGGACUUUGUUGAUGUCCUCAAAAGCAAAUGGGUUUGGAAAUGGUGA